CACGUGACCGCAUCGCCUCGCCCCUCAGCGCGCUGCCUGCAGGUUCCGGGAAGAUGGCGAAGGUCUCGGAGCUCUACGAUGUCACUUGGGAAGAAAUGAGAGAUAAAAUGAGAAAAUGGAGGGAAGAAAACUCAAGAAAUAGUGAGCAAAUUGUGGAAGUUGGAGAAGUUAAUGAGUAUGCCUCUAGGCUUGGAGAUGAUAUUUGGAUCAUAUAUGAGCAGGUCAUGAUUGCAGCCCUAGACUAUGGUCGGGAUGACUUGGCAUUGUUUUGUCUUCAGGAGUUAAGAAGACAGUUCCCUGAGCAUAGAGUCAAGCGAUUAACAGGCAUGAGAUUUGAAGCCACGGAACGGUAUGAUGAUGCUAUACAGCUGUACGAUCGAAUUUUGCAAGAAGAUCCAACUAACACUGCUGCAAGAAAGCGUAAGAUUGCCAUUCGCAAAGCCCAGGGGAAAAGUGUGGAGGCCAUUCGGGAGCUGAAUGAGUAUCUGGAGCAAUUUGUUGGCAACCAGGAAGCCUGGCAUGAGCUUGCAGAACUUUAUAUCAGCGAACACGACUAUGCAAAAGCAGCCUUCUGUCUGGAAGAGCUGAUGAUGACCAAUCCCCACAACCACCUGUACUGCCAGCAGUACGCGGAGGUUAAAUGUACCCAAGGUGGACUUGAAAACCUCGAACUUUCAAGAAAGUAUUUUGCACAGGCAUUGAAACUGAACAACAGAAACAUGAGAGCUUUGUUUGGGCUUUACAUGAGUGCAAAAAUGAAGAAGGACAACAUGAAGUAUGCAGGUUGGGCAGCUGAUCAGAUCAACAGGGCUUACCAGUUUGCAGGUCGAAGUAAGAAGGAAACCAGAUACUCUCUUAAGGCUGUUGGAGACAUGCUGGAGACAUUGCAGAUCACUCAGUCUUCAGGCUUCAGACUGCGACAUAGAUGUCACAACUGCACAGUUGGGACUUUCGGCCUGUGACUUCUUUACUAAAGGCUCAAUGCUAUUUAUACUCCAGUUUCUUUGAAGAUGGCAGUUGUAAAGAAUAUGUUUAUAUAAACCAAAAAUGCCUUUCACUGCUAAGCAAGAAGAUGGUGAAUCUGAGGAAGAAUGAUGAAAGAUCUACGAUUGUACACUGGUCUCUUCAUAUCACAUGUCAUACACAACUGCCCUCAGCCGCAGUCCUGUGUAGAAAUGACCUUGUUAAAUAAACCACUGAUUUAUUAGACUUGGA